AGAGAUAAAUUACAGUAACACCACGUUCUCCAUGUUUGAACUCCCAUGGAGGUGUCUUAACGCCUACAUCACAAUCAUUUGAUCUGCUCGAUUCAUGGCGGACGUCUCGCCACCGAGACUUCCACGGAGUCCUACUCGCCAUCAAUGUCCUAACUAGAAUUAGGUCGGGGUGGGUCAUGUUUGCAUUGCUUCCGUGGAUGAUCAAUGGAUGACUCUUCUCGCUGCAACUGCUAUGGGAAAAAGGGCCCUGAAGAGAACCGCGAUGGCCAGUGUAGACAUGUUUGAACAACUCGCCAGCCAUUUGGUCCGAAUGGCUCUAUAAAUGCCAGCCGCCUCCUUGUCAAUCUCAUGCUAGAUAAGACACAGAGAAAAGAGGAAGAUGGCAUCGAAGUCCUUCUCCAAGUUCUUUGCCUACUUCUAUCGUUUUCUUCUGCGGAGACUCAGAAGUGCCCAUGCAACCCACAUAAGGUUUCAGAAGUGGCCUCCUCUACCUGAUAAGCUCUCUGGCCAAACCGUAGUUUGUCACAUGGAGGGAGGCCUUCUGAGGUCUUCUUCCAUCUUCCCAUACUUCAUGCUCGUGGCCAUGGAAGCAGGAGGGUUCUUCAGGGCCCUUCUCCUCUUGCUAUUGUACCCUGUGAUUGCCUGUCUCGGCCAUGAGAUGAGGCUAAGGAUCAUGGUAGUGGUCUGCUUCUGUGGGCUGAGGAAGGAGAAGUUCAAGUUAGGGAGGACUGUGCUGCCCAAGUUUUUCUUGGAGGACGUCGGCAUGGAAGGGUUUGAGAUCCUGAGGAGGAGCCAAAGGAAGGUGUGCGUCAGCGCAAUGCCCACGGUUAUGGUGGAAGGGUUUCUGAGGGAGUAUUUGGAGGUGGAGGUAGCGGUGGGGAGGGAGUUGAAGGUGUUUGGUGGGUACUACACCGGGUUGAUGGAGAAGGACAGUCUGGCCUCAAAGGUGUUGUUGGGAAGAGAGAAGGCAAGGGAAGCCGAUGUUAUUGGAUUUGGAGGCUAUCCGAACUCUGUUCAUCUUCCCCUCUUCUCCCACUGCAAGGAAGUGUACUUGGUGAGUGAAGCAGACAAGAGAAAAUGGCGUGUUCUACCAAGAACAGAGUACCCCAAGCCCCUCAUCUUCCAUGAUGGCAGAAUAGCCUUUAGACCAACCCCAAUUUCCACCCUCUGCAUGUUCCUGUGGAUCCCCCUCGCCUUCCUCCUCGCCAUCGCGCGAGCUGCCAUCUUCAUCUUCCUCCCCUACAUCUUCUCCGUCCCCUUGCUGUGCUUCAUGGGCAUGCACUCGAGGGUCAUCACCUCACCGCGGAGCCAUCAAGCCACGCGGCGCCAGCUCUACAUCAGCAACCACCGCACCCUCCUCGAUCCCCUCUACAUCUCCGCUGCUCUCGGUCACCAUGUCACUGCAACGACGUACAGUGUCAGCCGUAUUAGCGAGAUGCUGUCCCCUAUAAGGACCGUCAGGCUGACGAGGAACAGGGAUCAGGACAAAGGACUGAUGAAGAAGCUGCUCCACGAAGGGGCGCUCGUGGUGUGCCCCGAGGGCACUACCUGCCGCGAACCGUACCUCAUCCGGUUCAGCCCGCUGUUCGCGGAGGUAAGCGAGGACGUCGUGCCGGUGGCACUGGAGUCCCGUGUCAGCAUGUUCUACGGCACGAGCACCAGCAAGCUCAAGUUCUUGGACCCGUUGUGCUUCCUCAUGAAUCCCUUUCCUCGCUACGUGGUGGAGCUCAUGGAUAAGGUGGCCACCGGCUGGAUCGAUGGGAAUAAGUGCAGCAGCUGCGAGAUCGCCAAUCAUCUCCAGGGAGAGAUUGGGAAGCUCUUGGGUUUCGAAUGCACUAGCUUUACCAGGAGAGAUAAGUAUCUGAUGCUCGCAAGCAACGAUGGGAGUAUUUGAGAGGGACGCCAAGGGCCGAUGGAGCUCCACGUCUCCCUCCCCCCCUAUAACCAGUAGUAGAAAAGAAACACUUUUACGUUGACAACUGUGCAGACAAAAUACAUGUAUUAUCGAAUCAAAACGAUAUAAUAAACCAUCAAAGUCUUUAUGAUCUAAA